CCUGGGCCGAGCGCUGGUUCCUGUCGCGGGCGGCCCGUCGGCGAAGAGAAAGGCCCCGCGGUGGCUUCCUAGUCGGCCGGCCCGGGCUCACGUUUGCAUCUGCCGGUCGGCUCCGACCGUCUUCGAAAGGGCUCCAGGUUGGCCUGGGCCCUUCCCGCCGGCGAGUGCAGGAAGGGGCCGCGUCUUCCCUCUUGCCCCUUUCCUGACGGCUCUUGGUGGGAGCAGCUGAGAGGAGCUCGCCUGCCUCCCUUUCCCACGUGCCCGGGGCCUGUCCGUCAUGGGUGAAGAGUAGCCUGGGGAUGUGAACAUAAUGAGUGUAAACCAGCAAGCUCACACAGGGCCACCUUACGGGCAAUCACAGCCUGGAUAUGCAAAUUACAUGCAGCCUGACUAUGGAGGACAGCAAAUGCAAAGUAGUCCUGCCUCUCAGUACGGGGCUUACAAUGGCCCAGUGACAGGAUACCAACAAGCAGGCCCUCCCCAAGGUUACUAUCCUUCCCUGGGGUUUCCUUCUAAGAAUCCUCCUGUCUCUCUUGAUUCUGAUGCUUCCUUUGCUCCUAACUUCCUAGGUUCUCUAAGAGCUCCUCCCACCUCAUCUGGAGUAUCUGCAUCGACAUCUGGAACAUUAAUCCCUUCUGAACAACCUGCCUGUAGUCAGUUUGGACAAGGAGAUGUACGAAAUGGGAUACCUGCUUCUACAGUUCCCGUGCAAAGAGCCUCUGCUUCUCAACAGUUCAUGGCGGGCACAGCACCUCCUUCUGUGGCUCACACUCCUGCUUUCCAGCAAUAUGGACUGCCUCCAACAAGCACCCAACAGCUGACUAGUCAGGUGGCAGAAAUGCAGAUAGGCAGGGGAACAUCCUCUGUCCCAUCCCCAGCUGGACUGGGCUAUGGUCCUCUGACAUCGGUUACAUCGGCCUCAGGAAGUUUUACUGCACGUGGAUCUGGGCAAUAUAUGUCAUAUUCAGGCCAAGGACCAGCACCUCCCAACGUAUCUCAUGGAUUGCCUCCUACCACCUUGUCUCAGGGUCUUCCUAUAGCUCAGCCACCUAUAUCAGGUCCAUCAGCCCUGCAUACUUCCGCUCAACCUCCCCUAUUUGCUCCCCCACCUUCAACUGCUGGGGUUGGAGUAUCCAGUUAUCCUGCUGCUACGGGGAUUUCAAGGCCUCCCACAAUGCAGGGUGCAUUGUUGCCUGGACAACCAGUUACUGGACUGCUCACUUCACAGCCAAAUCAUGUGACCUCACCACCACCUCAGCCACUUAUGACAGGACCACUUCCUGGGCCACCAGUAACAGGACUGCAGGGACCACCUCCCGUCCAUCCUUCACAACCAGGAUAUGCACUGCAGCAAAAUGGUUCUUUUGGGCAAAAUAGAGGAACUCAACCAAUGUAUGGUGCAGCUUUCCCUGGACCAGCAAAUUAUGGAAGUCAGCCUGCAGCACCACCUCCACCCAAACGACUUGACCCGGACUCCAUUCCUAGCCCACAACUCAAUGAGCUGCCACCUCAGCAGAAACCCAGGCACAGAAUAGAUCCUGAUGCAAUUCCUAGCCCAAUUCAGGUUAUUGAAGAUGACAGAAAUAACCGUGGGUCGGAGCCAUUCAUCACAGGAGUACGUGGGCAAGUCCCACCUCUUGUCACUACAAAUUUCUUGGUGAAAGAUCAAGGUAAUGCAAGUCCCCGCUACAUAAGAUGUACUUCUUAUAAUAUUCCCUGCACUUCUGAUAUGGCUAAACAAUCUCAAGUUCCUCUUGCUGCAGUCAUAAAACCGUUGGCUGCACUUCCCGCAGAAGAGGCCCCUCCUUAUUUGGUUGACCAUGGAGAAUCAGGUCCCAUUCGUUGCAACAGGUGCAAGGCGUACAUGUGCCCUUUUAUGCAGUUCAUUGAGGGAGGAAGACGAUUCCAGUGCUGCUUCUGUAGCUGCGUUACUGAGGUGCCAUCUCAUUACUUCCAGCAUUUGGAUCACACAGGCAGGCGAGUGGACUACUAUGACAGACCUGAAUUAUCACUGGGCUCCUAUGAAUACCUAGCUACUGUUGACUACUGCAAGAAUAACAAAUAUCCCAACCCUCCUGCUUUUAUUUUCAUGAUUGAUGUGUCAUAUAAUGCAGUACGGAGUGGCUUGGUCAGGCUGAUAUGUGAAGAACUGAAGACUCUCCUGGAUUACCUCCCCAGAGAAGGAACUACGGAAGAAUCAGCCAUCCGGGUGGGUUUUGUCACGUACAACAAAGUUCUGCACUUCUAUAAUGUCAAGAGCUCCCUGGCACAGCCGCAAAUGAUGGUAGUUUCGGAUAUAGCAGAUAUGUUUGUACCUUUGCUUGAUGGCUUUCUUGUGAAAGUGAAUGAGUCUCGAACAGUUUUUACCAGCCUGUUGGAUCAGAUCCCAGAAAUGUUUGCUGAUACAAGAGAAACAGAAACAGUGUUUGCUCCAGUGAUUCAGGCUGGCAUGGAAGCUCUAAAGGCUGCAGACUGUGCUGGCAAGCUUUUCAUAUUUCACACAUCGCUGCCUAUAGCAGAGGCUCCAGGAAAGCUGAAGAACAGAGAUGACAAGAAACUGAUGAAUACUGAUAAAGAAAAGACUCUGUUUCAGCCUCAAACGAAUUUCUACAACAACUUAGCCAAGGAUUGUGUGGCCCAAGGCUGCUGUGUGGACCUUUUCCUUUUCCCAAAUCAGUAUUUGGAUGUAGCUACCUUGGGGGUUGUUCCAUAUCAGACUGGUGGCUCCAUUUAUAAAUACACAUAUUUUCAGGUGGAAACAGAUCAGGAACGCUUCUUGAAUGAUUUACGUAAAGAUGUUCAAAAAGAAAUUGGAUUUGAUGCUGUGAUGAGAGUACGUACUAGCACAGGUAUUCGAGCAACAGACUUCUUUGGAGCUUUCUGUAUGAGCAAUACAACAGAUGUGGAAUUAGCAGGCUUAGACUGUGACAAAACAAUCACUGUGGAAUUUAAACAUGAUGACAAGCUAAGAGAAGAAAGUGGGGCCUUGCUUCAGUGUGCUGUAUUAUAUACCAGUUGUGCAGGACAGAGGCGUCUGCGCAUUCACAAUCUCUCCCUGAACUGCUGCACACAGCUGGCUGAUCUUUAUAGGAACUGUGAGACAGACACACUUAUCAACUUUUUGGCUAAAUUUGCAUAUCGUGGAGUACUGAACAAUCCAGUCAAAACCGUGAGAGAUACAUUGAUCAAUCAGUGUGCCCAGAUCUUAGCAUGCUAUCGAAAAAACUGUGCUAGCCCUUCUUCUGCUGGACAGCUGAUUCUUCCUGAAUGCAUGAAACUUCUCCCUGUAUAUUUGAACUGUGUUUUGAAAAGUGAUGUGCUCCAGCCUGGGUCCGAGGUCACCACUGAUGAUCGCUCCUACAUCCGCCAGCUAAUCAGCUCUAUGGAUGUUGCAGAAACUCAUGUUUUCUUUUAUCCUAGACUGUUACCACUGACCAAAAUAGAUUAUAGCAGCGACUCCUUACCAAUAGCGCUCAGAAACUCAGAAGAACGUCUCUCCAAGGGUGACAUAUACCUACUAGAAAAUGGCCUGAAUAUAUUUUUGUGGGUAGGAGUAAACGUUCAACAGGGGCUGAUCCAAAACCUCUUUGGAGUCUCAUCUUUCAGUCAGAUCAACAGCUCUAUGUGCACAUUACCAGUUUUGGAUAAUCCCUUUUCAAAAAGAGUGCGAUCCACUAUUGAUAUAUUCCAGGCUCAAAGAUCACGCUACAUGAAGUUCAUCAUUGUGAAGCAGGAAGACAAACUAGAUCUGCUGUUCAAACACUUCUUGGUGGAAGAUAAGAGCAUGAAUGGGGGGGCUUCAUAUGUGGACUUCCUCUGUCACAUGCACAAAGAAAUUCGCCAGUUGCUGAGCUAGAGUCAGAAUGAUGCUGGAUGCCAGCACUUGACAUCUAUAAAUUCACUGACUGCCUCGUAAGCGACCCUAUCUCCUUUUGGAAGGACUAUAGAAAAACCUGUAUAAUUCCAUAAUUUUAAUAUACUUCAUAAAGUUUCAGCAUCUCCCAAAACCUUUGAGAGAGACAUGAACAAUCAAAACAUCUACAUAGGGUGAUGAAAAACACUCUUUGAUUCUGGGUCCUAAACCUACGUCACUUACUAAGAUUGGCAGAAAUCUACUGACCCCCGAGUUCCUUUGCGUUAAUGUACGUGAUUCUGCAUCAGAAGAAAAAGCAAUUGUUCUCCAAAAUUAGAUGGUGAUGCAAAGUUUGUGUAUGUGAUAGUCUUUUAUGAAAAGAAAAUGAGCCAAAUAGGGAAAGAUGGGUGGUCGGCUCUACCCAGUUGGGAAGUGGAUGUCAGAUAGGGUGGUAACUUCUUAAAAUUUGAGGAUGCAAUAUACUGUAAUCAAAUUAUAAAAUGGUGUCUUCUUUUUAAAAAGAUCCCAAAUUUUGAGCUGGGGGAAAAAUUGACAUGCCUUUACUCUGUAAUUGUGUUGCUACACAAAUUUGCCUUGAAAUAAGUAAAUGGAAACAAGCAGGUCCUGUCUCUAGGAAAGUCAAAUCUGUCUUUGGUUGGUGUGAACUGGUAUUGCCAUCACUCCUUUGAGAAAAGAAGCAUCUUUUUGCCAGUAUCUUGUUUUGUCUCUUUUUUUUUCCUAUUCACAUGCUAGGUUUUAAUUAAGUAUCUUGAAGAUGACCAUGAUUUCUCCUUUAAAAGAAAUGUUUUUUAACAAGAUGUCAAAAAGUGGCAUAGAAAUAUGCUUGGAGAUGGCUAGCUUGAGUUGUAUCCACUGAAGUAUCUGAGAUCUCUAUAGGGAAGAAAUGCUCAUAACGUAAAGUUCAAAUCAUGCCACUGAUGUUCAGGCUCUUAAUAGCUCCAGAUAAUUUUGGUCAUUGGUAAAAUAACAAACUGGUUCGUUAAGUGUUGGAUAGUCAUAACUGAAUUUAGUCUUCAAGCUCAGACAUAAAGUUGACCUACUUGAUAGGCAAUCUUUCCAUUGAUAAACCAUUACUCUGGCUUCAAAUAGGCCAAAGGAGUUCUGAUAGAAAAAUGAAAUACAUUUCACAUACUCGAUAUAAAGGCUCAUUAAUUUGUAGAAGGAGAUUACUUAUUUUUUUAAAAAAGGCUACGCUUAGAUUGUCUUGCAGUGUUCAGGAUGUAUUAAGAGAAUAGGAACAUGGAAUUUUGAGAAAGGGUGGGGGGAGAGAAGGGAAGCUUUCCUAGGCAAAUUGUGGGUUGAGACUGAAUAUUUGAAAUCGAAAGUUUUAUGUACAUGAAUGAUUAAAUAUUCAGGGAGUACAGUUUCAUAUCCCAUGAUCUAUUUUGUGUUUGUGUGUAUGUGUGUGCGUGCGUGCGAGAGAGAGAGAGAAAUUGCAAAUAUUUUGUUUGAUCUAUUGCAGCUUUCCCUUUCAUCACAUAGCGAAAAAAUGUACACAAUUCGCUCUCAAGGAGUUUUUCCAAAAGAUUCAUAAAGAUUUCAGGUGUGCUUAAGAUUGCCCUUCUCCUUCUUGCCAAAUAUAUUAUCCCAACCAAAAUUUGGAAAUUUCUGAAACAAAUAAACAACAUCCAUCUCCAAAACAACAGUCAACAAUGAAACUUCCAGAAUUCUAAUUUCUAGAAUUUAAAUUUUAAAAAGUUAAGUGUAUUUUCACUUUUUUUCAAUUCAUCUUUUAAUUUGUAAAAAAUUAUAUAAAGAUGUAUUUUAUGUCAUUGUUAGCAAAUAAAUACUGAUUAUUUUU